GCACGGAAUUUUUGCAGCAUGCAGCUCGGCUAUCAUGGCGGAUUUCGGUUCUCCGGGAACGCCAAGUAGACAUGAAAAAUCCCUCGGUUUAUUGACGACGAAAUUCGUCAGUUUGUUACAAGAAGCCAAAGAUGGUGUCUUAGAUCUUAAAGUGGCAGCCGAUACGCUUGCUGUGCGCCAGAAACGACGGAUUUACGACAUUACUAAUGUACUUGAAGGAAUUGGACUGAUAGAAAAGAAAUCGAAGAAUAGCAUUCAGUGGAAGGGGGCUGGACCUGGGUGUAACACGAGGGAGAUAUCAGACAAGCUUGUUCAUUUAAAGGGAGAGUUGGAGAGACUGGAAGACAAAGAAAGGGAACUUGAUGAACAAAGGCUGUGGGUCCAACAGAGCUUGAAGAAUGUCUCAGAGGAUCCUGAAAAUGAGCAGCUUGCUUAUGUCACUUAUGAAGAUGUAUGCCGCAGUUUUAAAGGAGACACCUUGUUGGUUGUCCAAGCUCCAUCUGGUACACAGCUUGAGGUUCCAAUUCCAGACACAACUCCAAGCUCACAUCAACCCAGGAAAUUCCAGAUCCACUUGAAAAGUCAGACAGGUCCUAUACAUGUGCUGCUGGUAAACAAGGAUGCUGCAGCAGACAAUCCGGUUGUAACUCCAGUCCCUCCACCAGCCAAUGAUGUCAACUCAAAUGACCAUGAAGUACUAAAGGAGGAACCUAUGGAAACUAAUGCCGAUUCUAAACAUGCUAAUGAAAUCAACGCUAAAGUGGGAGCAGUUAAAACUGAAGUUCUAGAGAGCAGCAGAGCUAACGAGCUUAAAGAAGUUGCCAAUGACAUAAUAUUUGGAAAUAAUUUCAAAGACACCAGUUUUGCUGAAGAAGUUAUGGAUGAUUUCAUGUCAGCAGAAGUGUAUGCACCUUUACUUCGCUUGUCACCACCACCAGGAGAACAUGACUACUACUUCAACCUAGAUGACUCUGAGGGCGUCUGUGAUUUAUUUGACAUUCCAAACCUAGAUAUGCCUUCUCCAUUAACAGGAGCUAUGGCAUCCACAUAGUAAAUGGAUCUGCAUGUACUUAUACCAUUGUUCUGCUAAUCCUGCAUACGAUUCAAGUCACUGCAUUCUGGUUUGAAAUAUGAACAUGUGUCCAUGACUUGGUGGGAGAAGUACAAGGCUUAGUGUAAAGAUUUGUGUUUUGCAUUAAGGCCACAAUUGGAUUGCUGUUCUGAAGGUGCAGGUUCAGACAGAAUUAAUGGGUGAUUGUGACUGGAGUGUUUCUUUGAAUUCAGACAAUUGCAGAUGUGGAUUUGUAGGAAUCAAAAUCAGGGUCAGGUGAUGGAUACAAAGCCAUCAAGAUGAGUGUGUGAAAUUCAUUACUAGAUGGAGAAGAUGGAGGUCUUUCAGUCAGUGGAGCCAUGUUACACAUGGAGCUUUUUAAUGAUAUAUUUACCCUUUGACUUCCAGACAUGAUUAACAAGUAACUUCUCCUUAAAAUAUCCUUUCAUUAUCCAGCAACCAAGCAAUGAGAAUACUCAAACUUAUCUGGUAGAAGUUGUUAUAUUGACCUAUGAUCAAAUUCUUGUUACUAAUUUAAGGGGAGAAGAUCUAGGGAGCUACAGGGUUUAAGGCCAGCUUUCAUUUGUCAAGAAACACCCAUGCAAUGUGAAAUUUCUCUGUUUCUCCACUAUUCCAAACUUUGCUGAUGAAUUGGAAAUGAUUUGAUGACAUUGUCUCAGACUCCUGAAAAUUGUGAUGAGCUAAAACUGUUGGUAAUUUUUUACAUCCUUGGCUGUUGGUAAGUUUGUUUUGUUUUGUUUUUUCACUUUUUUCUUUUUCUUUUUCUUUUUUUACAUCCUUGGCUGUUGAAAACAGCAGUUUCUUAUAACAAUGUUUGCAAGAGCUUCUUGUUUGGUCCCAGAUUAUGCCGUAUGAUAAGACCUGACUUUUGUUCUUAAAGCACUGAAAGAGUUAAGGAACAGUGAUAUACUGCUAUUCAGUAAACUGGGCUUUAUCUGACAAAUGAAAACCAAGUUUAUGCUCAGAGAACAGAGGAAUUUAAUUGAAUUGUUUAGCUCUUGGUUGGUCUUAAAAUCAUUUUGUUAUUGCUACAAAGAAUUUUCUUUGUGAUGCUGAUGAUGCCAGUCAUUAUUAAUUUAAU